AUGAGCGAAAGAGGUUCCGAGAUCAUUUUUCGGUCGGGGAAUACCCCGACCCGCUUCUUCAAAGCAUGCCGUUGGUGUAGAAAGCAAAAGAUGCGCUGCGAUGCUCGCAACCAGGUACCAUGCUUCCGCUGUCGUUCCACCGGCCGGGAUUGCAUUUUGGACCCUAUAGACGACGGGAGGCGCCGAAAUGAACGUCGGAGAAAGACUACCACCCCAUCCGUACGAGGGCAUGUCAUCACUUCCCCGGCGGAUCAGCGCAAUGGUUUACAUACUCCGGCAUCGAGAGAGCGGGAAUAUUCCCCCGUCUCGGUGCGAGAUACUACUUUCAACACUUCAAUUGACUCCUUGCCGGAGACUACCACUUUGGGGGCCCAAGCCCCCGAUCAUAAUGGACCCGAAUCGCAGCAAUUAAGCCCCAACGAUAUGAUGGCCCCAGUGUCGGCGAUGCACUCCAUGUCUGUGAACUUACUAGGGUCUAACAAUAUUUUCAUAGAGACCUCCACCAAAGGUGAUCCGAACAGCGAUAUUAUUGCUCGAGGAAUUGUGAGCGAAGAAUUGGCUCGAGUAUUAUAUGAGCGGUUCACCGGAGGAAGUAAAAACUUUCUGCCACUUUUCGACCCGAUCCGUGACACAUUCGACUCCAUCCGGUCACGUUCUUUGUUCUGCUUCACGGUGAUUAUAUACCUUGCAAGCCGCGCUGUAAUGGACCUACGCAGCGAUACACAUAUACAGCGCGUACUGCAAGACGAAGCACAGAGACUAGCUGAGGAUAGCUUCUUUGAGAGGCCUACCAAGCUUGAAACCGUUCAAGGAAUGAUCUUACUUGCUGCCUACUCCGAAAAAACAUGGUUUUCCACGGCGCUCAUUCUACGGACUGCCCUAGAUUCCGGAUUGGAAAAGUCGCUCGACACGUUAUUGUCCCAGGAGAAUGUGCCGCGCAGUUCCCUCGCUGCUUCCAUAGCCGACCGCCAGCUUGUGUGGCAGACCAGAACCUGGCUUAUUACCUUCACGUUGGAACAAGAUGUUGCUUCAGGUACCGGCCGCAAAUCUCGCAUUGCCGAGGUUGAUGUUAUGAAGCUGCGGAAAUUUCUGGACUACCCGCUCUCUCUUCCUUGCGAUAUGCGAACGGUAUCUAUUAUCGAACUUCAUCAGCUUCGAACCCAAUCUCGAAUUAUCAUGGAAAACGCAACGACAACCCGUGAUAUUGUUUCCACUGAAUUGCCAGCCAUCAUGACAAGGCUGCAGAACUGGUGGACCACGUGGGAUGAAAUUCACGAAAAUAAUGGCUUUCAUGCGGGGGCGUUUCAACGAAGCAGCCUCAGAUUGAUGGUCAACUAUGCCAGAAUCUUUGUUUGGUGCACUUCAUUGGCACGUAUUCAAAAGCUGCCGUCCAACUCCUCAAGCUCCGAGGCAGAGAGUCUCGACCAAAAUGUGCUCAAUAUAUGGCAAUCACUCAUCACAACCAUCAUGGACCAAUUGGCAUUCUUUAUUAACGAGCCCGCUUAUCGCUGCCAACUACCAUGGGCACCCACAUACCCCGCCCUGACUAUCGCCUUUGUCGCAACAUAUGCAAUUCGAAUCGCACGGUGGCGCCCAAAUCUAAUUAACAAAGACGUACUGCUGGAAAGAGUGGAUCAGAUCUGCGAGUUUCUCAAGCAACCACCGUAUCCCGACAUCCAUCGUACAGUCUCUAUUUUCGUGAACUACGUCCGAGCCUUGAUUGCUAGCCAGCAUCCACCAAGUGACGAUGGUGCAGACUUACCGAGCCUGUCUGAGCCGGUUGAUGAACAGGCACCUUUCCCCAGUGGGCAAGAUGGCCCCACGAACAAUUCCCUUCCCCCUCUGGAAUGGAUCCACCGGACGCUGCCAGCUACAGGCCAGCCCCACAAGUCCAGGCUGAUAAAGACCCUGUUAUGA